CAUAAGUUGGAAACACCCAUGCUGUCUGUGGGGAUGAAGUAAACACAUGCGUUCUAGCUCCUCAAGAGCCGCAGUGCACUGACCCUGACGAACAGCUGAUGACACUGGAGUUUGUGUCAGGUAUCAUCCCUCCCAUUUACCCUUGGGCAGCGAGAUCAUUCGAGGCAGUCAUUUGGCCCAAUUAAUACUCAAAUUAAUUAUUUGGAUCUGAUGUAACAAAGAAGAUACCACGCAGCUUAAUAACGUAGGAGAAACAUGGAGAAAGGAGCUUGUAUUUUCUGAAGGUUCACCUGAUGAGGUGCUCACGGUGAAGAACUCUAACUGACCACCGUGGUGUGGGGUUGAAGGUCAUUUGGUCAUCCGCAUUGUCACUUCAGUGCGAAGAUGUGCUGACUGGGGAAAGAAAUCAGGCGCCAACUCACACAACAAAGACUCGCUUCAUCCUUCUUGGAUUAGGGUCACAGGGACCUGAAGACACCCGCUGUUGGGGGCUUGGGGCCCAGCUGCCUCACAGUGGCAAGUACCUGACAGGACCAUAGAGAUGGAAUUGCUCUCGUUUGUGCAACUUUUCAGAAUUUCUUGAAGACACUGGCUUUGGAUUUUGGUCCACAGCAGGAGUUCUUUUUUUGUGAUCUCUGUUAAAAGCGUGAUUUAUUGCACGUCCAUCAGCUGAGCACGAAACCAGAAGUGCCAAAGUGGAAAGUUUGGACCGAGUGGGAAAACCGGAGAGGAGGUGGAAGGGGGUGCAGUCUUGUGCCUCUGAUACACUGCGGUUUGUGGAAGCUUCACGCAAUAAGUGUCCAACAUUCUGUCAGAUAUAACAGCGCAAGUUUCAAGAAAAGGUUAAUCAUUUCCAUUGCUGAAGAGUAAAGACUCGUCAAGGAGGUGCAGGAUGAAAAGAUGGCACUCCACUUCGUACCGUCAGGACCUCACUGUCUGCGUCGGUUCACUUGCGAGUCCCUGGCUGCCAUCGAGAGGCGGAUCGCUGAGGAGCAAGCGCUCGUCGCCAGGAAGGAUCACAAAGAGGAGAGUGAGGAGGAAAAGCCCACUCCACACUGUGACCUGGAGGCGGGCAAACAGCUGCCCAUCAUCUACGGCGAAGUCCCAUCAAAACUCAUUGGUCAGCCAUUGGAGGACCUGGACUCCUUCUACAGCAACAAGAAGACAUUUAUAGUACUCAACAAAGGGAAGACCAUCUUCCGAUUUAGUGCCACUGAUGCGGUAUACAUGCUGACUCCUUUUCACCGUGUUAGAAGAAUAGCUAUUAAAGUUUUAGUACAUGCAUUGUUCAAUAUCUUUAUAAUGUGCACUAUUUUGACCAACUGUGUGUUCAUGACAAUGUCCAAACCCCGCCCAUGGGCAAAACACGUUGAGCACAUCUUCACCGGCAUUUACACUUUUGAAUCAUUGAUAAAAAUCCUGGCGAGAGGAUUCUGCAUCGAUAAGUUUACGUUCCUUCGCGAUCCGUGGAACUGGUUGGAUUUCAGUGUUAUUUUGAUGGCGUAUGUAACGGCGGUCGUGAAACUCGGCAAUGUUUCAGCUCUUCGUACUUUCAGAGUAUUGAGGGCGUUGAAAACGAUUUCGGUCAUCCCAGGCCUAAAGACCAUUGUUGGUGCAUUGAUACAAUCCGUGAGGAAGCUAGCGGACGUGAUGAUUCUGACGGUGUUCUGCCUGAGUGUCUUUGCGCUCAUCGGCCUCCAGCUGUUCAUGGGGAACCUGCGGCAGAAGUGCGUGCGUGACUGGCGGAUAUAUAACAACUCCACGCUCAACGAAACGGGCAACUACACCUGGCCCUGGGACCUGGCGUACGACGAGUUCAUCAACAACAACACAAACCACUAUCGGAUGAAAGGUCGCAAGGAUGCCUUACUUUGUGGGAACAAUACAGAUGCUGGGAAGUGCCCCCCUGGCUUCAUGUGUCUGAAGGCAGGGAAGAACCCUGACUAUGACUACACCAGUUUUGAUUCGUUUGGCUGGGCCUUCCUCUCCUUGUUCCGGCUAAUGACUCAGGAUUUCUGGGAAAACCUCUACCAGCAGACGCUGCGCUCGGCCGGGAAGACAUACAUGCUCUUCUUCGUGGUGGUCAUCUUCCUGGGCUCCUUCUAUCUCAUCAACCUGAUCCUGGCUGUGGUGGCCAUGGCCUACGACGAGCAGAACCAGGCCACCAUCGCCGAGAACGUGGCCAAGGAGAAAGAGUUCCAGCAGAACAUGGAGCAGCUUCGGAUACAGCACGUGCAUGCGGAGCAGGAAUUGACCAGACUGGGACACGAGACCCUAUCGCGAACCUCUUCUGAGAGAUCACACCUAAGUGCCAAAAGCAACAACGAGAGAAGCUUUAAGAGCAGGAAUGGGAAAGAACUGGGAAUAUCGGAAACAGAGAAGGGACCGAGGUCAGCAUCAGAGGAGGGUCUACCCCGCAAGCCUCUGCUGGCGCCCAUCCUCACCAACCACUACCCCCUGCGGAGGGGCAGCAUCUUCCGCUUCCGGACGCACUCGGUGGACGCCGCGGUGGAGAACACGUUCUCGGACGACGAGGGCAGCGUCUUCGACGAGAGCGAGAGCGUCAGGAGCUCGCUGUGCCUGCCCCAGCUCAACCGCACCAACAGUAACCAGAGCCAUGGCAGCCAGCGGUCCAUGGCUGGUGGCCGCCGCAAGCUGCACAGCGCCGUGGACCAGAACGGCGUGGUGUCGGUGAUGGGAGGAUCACCCAGCUCACCGCAGAGUACCCUGCGCCUUCCUCAGGUCACUGUCGACAAGCCAUUCAACGACGACAAUCAGACCUCCCUGUCGGACAACGAGACGAGCAAGUGCCAGCUACUGACGGAUCACCGAGUCUCGGUGAGUUACCUGGAGGAGUCACACCAACGAGAGCGGGCAGUCAGUGCGGCCAGCAUCAUCACCAACACCAUGGAAGAGCUUGAAGAUUCUCGGCUGAAGUAUCCUCAGUGCUGGUAUUACUUUUCACAAACUUUUCUUAUCUGGAACUGUUGUCCGAUGUGGAUUAAAACAAAGAAGAUUAUGAAGUACAUCGUGAUGGAUCCCUUCCUGGACUUGGCUAUCACCAUAUGCAUCGUGCUCAACACCUUGUUCAUGGCCCUCGAGCAUCAGCCAAUGUCCGACCAGUUCAAUAACAUGCUCCAAGUGGGAAACCUGGUCUUCACUGCGAUCUUCACGGCCGAGAUGGUGCUGAAGAUCAUUGCCCUGGACCCUUACUACUACUUCCAGCAGGGGUGGAACAUCUUUGACAGCAUCAUCGUGUGCCUGAGCCUGAUUGAGCUGGGCCUGGCCAAGGUUGACGGUCUCUCUGUGCUCCGCUCCUUCAGACUGCUCCGAGUCUUCAAGCUGGCAAAAUCAUGGCCCACCCUCAACACCCUGAUCAAGAUCAUCGGCAACUCCAUGGGAGCCCUGGGCAACUUGACCCUGGUGCUGGCCAUCAUCGUCUUCAUCUUUGCCGUGGUUGGGAUGCAACUCUUCGGCGAGAAAUACAAAGUCCAGGUUUGCAAGCUCUCCACGAAGUGCAAGCUCCCCCGCUGGCACAUGAAUGACUUCUUCCACUCCUUCCUCAUCGUCUUCCGGGUGCUGUGCGGCGAAUGGAUCGAGACCAUGUGGGACUGCAUGGAGGUGGCUGGCCAACCCCUGUGCAUCCUUGUCUUCAUGCUGGUCAUGGUGAUCGGAAACCUGGUGGUGCUGAACCUCUUCCUGGCCUUGCUCCUAAGUUCUUUCAGCUCGGACAACCUGAGCUCUCCGGAUGAGGACGGCGAGAUGAACAACAUCCAGUUGGCCGUUGCCAGGAUACAACGAGGCAUCAGGUUUGUCCAACGCGCCGUGGUGGAGUUCUUCCAGAACCAGUGCAAGGGCUCUGAGCCUCCCAUGGAGGGGAAGACCGUGAUGGAGCUCCCCGCCUACGUCUUCAACCACGGCGGCUCAGACAAGCGCAAGGACGGCGAGGGCAAGGACGGCAACGGGACGGCGGGCGGGCUGGGGAACAACGGCACGACGGUGGGCAAGCGGAGCGAGGGCUCGGUCUCCGAGUCCCUGCUGGGCGACGUGGUCCCCAUUGCGGUGAUCGAACCCGAGCUGGACACCUGUGAGGACGAGGAGCAGAGCACCUUCACCGAAUUAGCUGUCGACGAGCAGAAGCUGGAUGGAGUCUCCAGUUGUUCAGAAGGAAGCACCAUCGACCUGACGAGCAAAGGGGACGAGAUGGAGAACAACUCUGAGCACCUGGAGGAAGCGGUGGAUCCGGACGACUGCUUCACGGAUGCUUGUGUCCGUCACUUCAGCUGCUGCCAGAUUAACAUCAUCACAGGUUCCGGGAGAACUUGGUGGAACCUGAGGAAAACCUGCUACAAGAUCGUGGAACACAACUGGUUCGAGACCUUCAUCAUCUUCAUGAUCCUACUGAGCAGUGGAGCCCUGACGUUCGAAGACGUCAACAUCGACAAAAAGCCAGUGAUCAAGGUGGUGCUGGAGUACCUGGACAAGAUCUUCACCUACGUCUUUGUGCUGGAGAUGCUUCUCAAGUGGGUGGCAUACGGCUUCAAGAAAUAUUUCACCAAUGCCUGGUGCUGGCUGGACUUCUUGAUUGUGGCGGUCUCAGUAGUCAGCCUAACAGCUAAUGCCUUGGGAUACGCUGAACUAGCUGCCAUUAAAUCCCUUCGGACACUCAGAGCUUUGAGACCAUUAAGAGCCUUGUCACGAUUUGAAGGGAUGAGGGUGGUGGUCAACGCGCUGGUGGGCGCCAUCCCGUCCAUCAUGAACGUUUUCUUCGUCUGCCUCAUCUUCUGGCUCAUUUUUAGCAUCAUGGGGGUCAACCUGUUUGCGGGCAAGUUCUACAAGUGCAAGAACAUCACCAGCGGGGACAUGUUCCCCAUCGAGCAUAUCAACAACAGGACCGAGUGCGAAGCCAUGAACAGCUCGGACGUCCGAUGGCUAAAUGAGAAGGUCAACUUCGACAACGUUGGCCUGGGCUACCUCGCCUUGCUCCAAGUGGCAACCUUCAAAGGCUGGAUGAACAUUAUGUACGCUGCUGUAGACUCAAGAAAUAUCAGUGAACAGCCUGAAUAUGAGAUCAACACCUACAUGUACGUCUACUUUGUGAUAUUCAUCAUAUUCGGCUCGUUUUUCACCCUGAACCUCUUCAUCGGUGUCAUCAUUGAUAACUUUAACCAGCAGAAGAAAAAGUUAGGUGGUCAGGACAUCUUCAUGACAGAGGAACAGAAGAAAUACUACAAUGCAAUGAAGAAACUUGGCUCGAAGAAGCCACAGAAACCUAUCCCAAGGCCUUUGAAUAGAUUCCAGGGAGUCAUCUUCGACUUGGUCACGAAGCAAGCCUUUGACAUCAUCAUCAUGAUCUUGAUCUGCCUCAACAUGGUGACGAUGAUGGUGGAGACGGACAACAUGGACACUAACAAGGAGAGGAUCCUCUUCAUCAUCAACACCACCUUCAUUGUGCUCUUCACCACCGAGUGUACGCUAAAGAUCAUCGCCCUCAGGCAGUACUUCUUCACCGUUGGGUGGAACAUCUUCGACUUCGUGGUGGUGAUCCUCUCCAUUAUCGGUAUCGUAUUGGCGGACCUCAUCGAGAAAUACUUUGUGUCUCCCACACUGUUCCGAGUCAUCCGGCUGGCACGGAUCGGGCGGAUUCUGCGGCUCAUCCGGGGGGCCAAGGGGAUCCGGACCUUGCUGUUUGCCCUAAUGAUGUCCAUGCCGGCCCUGUUCAACAUCGGCCUCCUCUUGUUCCUAGUCAUGUUCAUCUACGCCAUCUUCGGCAUGGCCAACUUCGCCUAUGUGAAGAAGGAGGACGGCAUAGACGACAUGUUCAACUUCGAGACCUUCGGCAACAGCAUGAUCUGCCUCUUCCAGAUCACCACGUCGGCGGGCUGGGACGGCCUGCUCAGCCCCAUCCUCAACACCGAGAGCCCAGACUGCGAUCCAAAGUUGGAGAACCAGGGCACCAACUUCAAGGGGAACUGCGGCAACCAGGCGGUGGGCAUUGUCUUCUUCGUCAGCUACAUCAUCAUCUCCUUCCUCAUCGUGGUCAACAUGUACAUCGCCAUCAUCCUGGAGAACUUCAGCGUGGCCACCGAGGAGAGCUCGGAGCCGCUCAGCGAGGACGACUUUGAGAUGUUCUACGAGGUUUGGGAGAAGUUUGACUCGGAGGCCACGCAGUUCAUCGAGUACUCGGCCCUGCCGGACUUUGCUGAUGCGCUGAAGGAGCCGCUGCGUGUGGCCAAACCCAACAAACUCAAGCUGAUCGCCAUGGACCUCCCCAUGGUGAGUGGCGACAGGAUCCACUGCCUGGACAUCCUGUUCGCCUUCACCAAGAGGGUGCUGGGUGAGUCGGGUGAGAUGGACGCCCUCAAGCUGCAGAUGGAGGAGAAGUUCAUGGCGGCCAACCCUUCCAAGAUCUCCUACGAGCCCAUCACCACCACCCUGAGGAGAAAGCAGGAGGAGGUGUCCGCCCUGGUCAUCCAGAGGGCCUACAGGAGGCACCUUCUCCGCCGCUCCAUGAGGCAGGCUUCCUUCCUGUACCGCCACAGAGCCAGCGACGUCAACAUCAUCGUGGAGGAGGCGCCCGAGAAGGAAGGGCUGAUCGCCGCCAUGAUCAAGGAGCACUACAGCCCCGAGCUGGAGAGGUCAGAGACAAUGUCCUCCUCCUCCUCUCCGCCAUCUUAUAACAGUGUCACUCGAGCCCUUGGUGACAACGUUGUGGUCAAGGUGACUGACCCUCUCAUGCCCCAUGAUUUUGUGAGUGGGCCCGACAAAGACAGGGAGUCGUUAGUGUAAAACACACACACACAUACACACACAAAUCUUGCUUUAUUAACGUCUUUGUUUACACCAAAGGAAUGUGGUCGUGGAAGAUAAGGAGAAAGAGAAAAAAAAAAUGAGGCUUAAAAAAAAAACAUUCAAAGAAUGUUCCGACAGAGUGGACUAGCUGAUCUUGGCUUUGAUCUUCGAGCUGUAUGUUGGCAAGAAAGCAGCCACACAGGGCUGUGGCCGUGGUAGCCGUAACGUGUAGGCUGCGAUCAGGAAAAAUCAAACGCGAGGGUGAGGACGGCGAGCAUUUAUUUGAGAUAUAAUAUAACUUGUGUGUCUCCUACUGGAUAUGUAUGGCCUUGCAUUAACGAUUAUCCACAACCUCUGUAGCAAAUGUAAAACACUUAUUGCAUAUGUUAUGGGUCUUUCAUAAAUUUAUUAUUAUAUUUGAUAUUUUUCUAUCCGAGCAUAUAAAUUGUCUGUUUUUGCACCGCGGCUGUCCCUGCCCCAAACCCCAGCACCAGGUCAAAGCCGACCUGCUGAAUGGUGGCCGGGACAGAAGAAGGAGGAGGUUCGCUCGGGCUGACAGCACAAACCCAAUGCCUGCCUCUCAAUCCUCCCCAAAGCGGGAGCGGGCGUCCGAAGGGGAAGGCCAGGGAGCGGCGCCCUCCCGCCCUUCCACGGCCGAAGACGGUGGUCGCUCACGGUGAGGAGAAGGGCAGGAAAGGACAGGACAGGACUGGGCAGGAGCUGGUUUGAGAAAAGCACAUGUUAACCCAGGAGGUAAAAACAAAAGAGACUCCAAACAGGCCCGGUCUCCCUCCUCGCCAAAACUGGGUGUGGGACAACUCUAAACAAAAAGACAAAAAAAAAACUACAAAAACAAAAGACACUUGGAAAACUUUGGACUCCAGUUGCUGAGAUUGCACAGUUUUUAUGCAACCUGAUUUUAUUUUUAAGUUAUUCCCAUGUUCCUUUUUUCCCCCCUCCUCUCUUCGUUGGGAAUGUCAGUGACUUCAGCGUGUCUGCCGUGUUCACCUCUGCUGCCUUCAAGGACUUUGACGUGGAUUGUUUCACUUGCAACACCAACGCCUGGCUGGGAACACCGAGGUCUCCGCUUCCACGAUCCAUCUUCAUCAACUCAAGGGACGGGGCCCUUUCAGAUGUUUCGCAAUCUUUUCCGUUUUAUUUAUUUCGCGUUACAUACAUCGAGAUAGGAGUGCUUCUAUCGCGAGUUAAUGAAAGAGUGCUGCUUUAAAUUAAAACAAAACAAACCUG